AUGUCCUGCGGGAAGAGCCAGCAGCAGUGCCGGCCCCCUCCCAAGUGCCCCCCGAAAAGCCCAGCACAGUGCUCGCCCAGCCCCCCCAACUGUGCUCCAGUCUCCGAGGGCGUCUGUGGCCGCAGCUCCAGAGGUGGCUGCUGCCUGGGUCACCGCAGGCGCCACGGAUCCCGCAGAUGCCGGCGCCACAGCUCCAACUCCUGUGACGGUGGCGGUGGGCUGCAGUCCGGGGGUUCCUGGUGUGGCCAUGGCUCUGGGGGCGGCUGCUGA